AUGCAUAAGUCUUGUUUUGAAGCACUUGAUAGAAGUUUGAGGGACAUAAUGAGGUCUGUUGAUAGGGAUAACUUGCAUCGACCAUUUGGAGGUAAAGUGGUAGUAUUCGGUGGUGAUCUCAGGCAGAUAUUACCAGUUGUACCAAAGGGAAGUAGGCAGGAUAUCGUGUUUGCCACCGUUAAUUCGUCUUACUUAUGGGAUUCGUGUAAGGUCCUUAGACUUACUCGCAAUAUGAGAUUACAAUCAGGUUCCUCAAAAUCUUAUGUUGAUGAAUUGCGAGAAUUCUCAGAGUGGAUACUAAGCGUUGGAGAUGAAAAUGCUGGCGGUCCUAAUGAUGGUGAAGCCGUCAUCGAGAUUGCAAAAGAUAUCCUUAUAGAUCCCGGGGCCGAUCCGAUUUUAGCAAUUGUUGAAAGCACGAGAAAAGAAAGUCUAUUUGAGUUCGGAUGCUAUAAGCAAAGAGGAAGGAAACUUUGGAGUCCACGAAAUAUACUCCACUGA